CAUUUUUGCCUUACAAAUUUUUUGAAUUUUUACAUUUCAGCAAAUCUGAUUGAUAACGUAUCCCUUUGGGAAUUAAAUGAUAAAGAUUUACUCGAAAUGGGUAUAACGGAGAAAGGUCCUCGUAAAAUAAUACUUAGUUUCAUUGAACGACAACUGGAAAACAAUGUUUCUGAAACUGUCACCGAAAACGGACAAAACCUAUCCGUCAACGAACAUCAAAAAGAUGUAAUUAGCGCUAUCCUCGCCAAGGAACCAAAAUUUCUCAAUGUGUUGACAAAACAGCUGAACUGUGGAUUGAUCCCCGAUUCCAAAAACUUGCUUUUCCUAAAUCGGAUUCUCACAAAGCAUUUCUUCAAAAAUAAAAUUUUGCGAGAGAGAAGGUAUCCUACAUGGCAGCAAAAACAAGAAUUGGCUUUGAAAAUCUUGGAGGAGUUUCCUCAUUUGGAAACAACUCGUGUGUCAGAAAAUGCACCAAAAGAGUCCUAUUUUUUUUGGCGCAACGGCGGAUUGUCCAGAGGACAACACACUGGCUUGAUCGAAACUCGAGUGAGCAAUAUGCGAAAAGAUGUUUUGCCCGAGAAUAGACAAUUUCGCAGAACUAAAAAGGAAACGAUUGUUCUAAAGGAUGAGUGUGUGCAACUUGCUGCUUUUUUGAGUGGACUUCUGCCUACACCUGCAAAUGCUCGACAAAUAUCCGAAGGGAUGAUACAGACGACAGAUUUGCAUAAAUUACUUUUACAAAAAAGUAAAUCUAAUGAAAUAGUCAGCACAUUUCCCCAUUUGUUAUCUUAUGAGGGAGAGAUGGUCAUACAGGCAUUUGAUCGAAUCCACGAAAAAAACAUACAAGAUACAGGAGAUCUGAAAAUGUUGCUUCGCGCAGGAAUUCUAUUCGAUAACUCUAGUUGGAAUAUGAUACAAGACGACUUCAUAAAAGGAGCUUUAAGGUUGAUGAAAAAGCUAUCCAACAAAGGUAUUAAGCGAACUACUGGUAUGGAAAACAAUGCGAGCAUGGAGGAGAUUACUGCUGCUCCCAUAAUUAAGUGGAUCCGAUUUCCUCAUAGCGAAGUGGGAUUCGACGAAAUGCUGGCUGUAAAACAAUUAUCCUCAACAAUCGGGGACUCACACAUAAUUUGUGCAGGCGAACGAUACUGCCUUGGAAAUAUGUAUGUCAUUUUCAAUGAAUACGUUAUUCCUUGUGGUAAAUCAAGCCUAAGAGCAAUCGAAGUUAUGUUUAAAUCUUAUGCUGUAUUCGGUCUUCAAGUGCCGGCAUUGAUCAGAAAAUUGUACGAUCUAAUAUCGAUUAAUGUUUGGGGUACGAAACAGCACAGCAAGUCUAAAUCAGUGAUGGCUGACUUUUCCUAAGUUAGUAAUAUUUACCCAAUGAAUAAUUUCGUGGAAUUACUCAAAAUUAAGUAAUUCCAUUUAACUCAAAAUUACCUUAUUGAACGAAUGUGCUUGGAUGAGUCAAAAAUAGCUAAUUUUGGGUAGUUUCUAUUUUCCGUGUAGAUUUUGCUCGCGACCAGAGAUGCCAUUUAUACAGAUUUAUCUGUAUUAUACCAAUUUUUACAUGAUCAUAUAGAUUUAAUACAGGUACAGAUUUAAUACAGAUUUCCUCAAUAUAAUACAGCUUUAUAAAGAUCUCACAAAGAGUAAGAAAGAAAAAAAUAAACUUGUCUGCCUGAGCUAUCUUUUAGUAUUUGAUUCCAGUGACGAGAUAAAGCGACUUGACGUUGCAUUUUGG